AAAUUCAAAACCAUUUGCUACUGUUGCAAACAAUAAAAUACAAACUACUUCUAAACCUAAUCAAUCUACUAAACGAAACCAUAAAAGAAAGAAGGUUGAUCAUUCAAGUGUUGAUAAUUUACAAAAGAAAAACACAGUUGCAUCUUUUUCACAAAUAAUUGAUGACCUUUUAAAUAAUGCUAAUAAUCCAAAG